AUGAGCUGGAUUCUUCCCAUCCUCGGCUAUGUGGGUAUUGUGUUGGGCUUCGGCUUCCUCACUCUCUCGAUCGCGUCCGGCCUGUAUUACCUCUCCGAGCUGGUGGAAGAACAUUCGGUCUUGAGCGCAAAAGUUCUCAAGCGCAUGAUUUACACUGUAUGCGGAACUCAGAUCCUGCUCUGGCUUGUCGACGGGUUCCCAUGGCACCUUACACUACUUGGGGUCUGUAGCCAUGCCAUAUACGCCAGCAACCUACGGCAUUUUCCGAUCGUCAAACUCUCCGAUCCGCUGUUCCUGCUCAGCUGUGGCCUGGUUGUAUUGAACCAUUGGCUCUGGUUCCGUCACUUCAGCGAGCCACCUCACUAUGCCGCCGGCGAGCGACUGUUGCGCGACCGAUACAGCACUCCUGUGUAUUCGCAACCCAGCUUCACCGAGAUCGCAAGCUAUUUUGGCUUGUGUGUAUGGCUGGUUCCCUUUGCUCUAUUCGUCAGUCUCAGUGCAGGCGAGAAUGUGCUUCCUAGUAUGGGAAGCGAGUUUGCGACUGGUGAGCGGGAGGGCGUGGGUGGGUUCAAGAAAGGUCACAAGAGAAGGAACACUGGCAUGGCAAAGGCGGCGGUCAACAGUACGAAGGAGUGGAUUGGUGAAAAUGGGGCGGUCAUGGGACUUUGGAAGCAUGAGAAUGUGAGGAGCUUCUGA